ACUUCCUGCCUCUAGACACCCACGCCAACUGCGGAAGAUCGAUCAGUGGCCUCGCUUGAACGGCAACAUUUUCCGAGUUUCUAUUUCUCAUUGAUAGGGAGCAUCUGCCAAACCGGCAGCACGCAAAAUGAAGCAAAAGAUUGUCAUCCAGUUGAGCCUGUCGUGCGACAAACGACGGUCCAAAGCACUGACGAUGGCCGCCAGAGCUGCCGGGGUGACGUCGAUGGAGAUUACCGGCGACUCCAGGGACCAGCUGGAGGUGGUCGGCGAUGGCGUCGACCCGGUGUGCCUCGUCAGCUGCCUCCGCAAGAAGCUCGGCCACGCCCAAAUCAUCAAGGUGGAGGAAGUGAAGAAGCCGGAGGAGAAAAAGGAAGAGAAGAAGGAUGAGCCGAAGCCGGCCGUGCCCGUGUACCCGCCGCCGUGCUACUACCCGCCCAGCUACUACCACCACCAGUACCAGCAGCCGCACAUGGUCGUUUGCGAGGAAGAGCCCAGCAACUGCCGGGCCAUGUAACUGGCGGAGAACGAUUUUGACAUACUUUAGUUUUGUCAGCAACUAUACUUGCAUACAUACAUGUAUUUUAUAAAUUGA